GACGCCUGCAGAGCCGGGCUGCUGCUGCAGCUGCGGCUGAGGCAGAGGGUGGUGCUGCUUCCAGACCGUUUGCCUCCGAGCCUGGGCCUGGUCUCCAAGUGAGGAGGCGGGACGUGGCCAAUCCGGGGCCUUGGAGGUGCCCAGUGCCCGCUGAGGCUUAGUGGGGAUUCAGGCUGCGGCCUGUCAGAGCCAGACAGGGAGGCGCCCACGCUCCUGACAGUAUAAGAUGGCGGCGAUGGCGCCUGGAGGUGGUGGCGGCGGCGUGAAUCCAUUCCUCAGCGAUUCGGACGAGGACGACGACGAGGUUUCAGGGACCGACGAGCGGCGGGCAGGACUUCGGCUGAGUUCCGGAGUCGGCCUAGAUCCUGGCUCUGCGGACUCACUAUCGCCUCAGGAUCCUGUGGCCUUAGGGAGCAGUGCACGACCAGGGCUCCCUGGGGAGGCGUCGGCGGCUGCGGUGGCCCUGGGGGGCACCGGCGAGACCCCGGCCCGAUUGUCAAUUGAUGCGAUCGCGGCUCAGUUGUUGCGCGAUCAAUACUUGCUGACCGCCCUGGAGCUGCACACCGAGCUGUUAGAGAGUGGCCGCGAGCUCCCUCGGCUGCGCGACUACUUCUCCAAUCCCGGCAACUUCGAGAGGCAGAGCGGGACCCCGCCGGGGUUAGGGGCGCCGGGGAUCCCUGGAGCAGCCGGCGUUGGAGGCGCAGGAGGUCGGGAGCCGAGUACUACGUCGGGUGGGGGACAGCUCAAUCGAGCUGGGAGCAUCAGUACCCUUGAUUCUUUAGACUUUGCAAGAUAUUCAGAUGAUGGUAACAGGGAAACGGAUGAGAGAGUGGCAGUCCUGGAGUUUGAACUACGGAAAGCCAAGGAGACCAUUCAGGCCCUCCGAGCCAACCUGACAAAGGCUGCAGAACACGAAGUUCCUUUACAGGAACGAAAAAAUUACAAAUCAAGUCCUGAAAUUCAGGAGCCAAUCAAACCUCUUGAAAAGAGAGCUCUAAACUUCUUAGUCAAUGAAUUUUUAUUGAAGAAUAACUACAAGCUGACAUCAAUAACCUUUUCAGAUGAAAAUGAUGAUCAGGAUUUUGAACUAUGGGAUGAUGUAGGAUUAAACAUUCCAAAACCUCCAGACUUAUUGCAACUCUACCGAGAUUUUGGAAAUCAUCAAGUGACUGGGAAAGAUCUUGUGGAUGUGGCCAGUGGUGUAGAAGAAGAUGAAUUAGAGGCUCUGACACCAAUUUUAGGCAGCCUUCCUCCAACGCUUGAAACUCCUGCUGCUGUAGAGAACUCCUUGCUAGUAAAGAAAUUAGAAGAUAAAAUUAGUUUAUUAAAUAGUGAGAAAUGGUGUUUGAUGGAACAAAUCAGAAGACUUGAAAGUGAAAUGGACUUCCUCAAAAAUGAACACUUUGCCAGCCCUGUAGUUUGUGACUCUGUUCAGCCUUCUUUGGAUCAGUCUCCCCACAAGGACUCUGAAGACAGUGGACAGAAUUCAGUUAUAAAUAGUUCAGACAUGGGAGAAAACAAGGAUAUCCAUCUUUCAAAAUCAGAUGAAAUUGAUUCCACUAUUCCUAAAGAGAAUUUCCCACGUUCUUUCCCCAGGAGAGAAAGAGAAGGAAUGCCAUCUUCUUCUCCAUCAAAUAAAAGCACAGUCCAUUUUGAUAAACCCAAUAGGAAGUUGUCUCCUGCUUUCCAUCAAGCACUACUCUCUUUCUGUCGAAUGUCAGCAGAUAGUCGUUUAGGAUCAGAGGUGUCUCGGAUUGCAGACAGUGAGAAAAGUGUUAUGUUAAUGCUGGGGCGCUGCCUGCCACACAUUGUUCCUAAUGUGCUGUUGGCAAAGAGAGAGGAGUUGAUCCCCCUCAUAUUGUGUACAGCCUGCCUACAUCCUGAGCCUAAAGAGAGAGAUCAGCUUCUCCACAUACUUUUCAAUUUGAUCAAGAGACCAGAUGAUGAGCAAAGGCAAAUGAUACUGACGGGUUGUGUGGCAUUUGCACGUCAUGUUGGUCCAACACGUGUAGAAGCUGAACUUUUACCACAGUGUUGGGAACAGGCAUCCAAUACAUUAAUGAAUUAUGUCACCUUUUCAUAUGGGAAUAUGAGAACAGAUACACUUCUUUUCCAGUCAAAGAAAGAUUUAUAUUCUAUGAAGAAGACAUAUGGGAACAAAACCCAAUUAAUCACAAAUACCCAGAAAGAAGAUUGCUUGUGGCGGAAUCUUGUGGAGCACUGGCACCUUACCUUCCUUGUUAAAUUGCCCCCAACCAAGAUGGCGCAGAUUGUACUCCUGUCAACAAAAGAAAUCCGUAGCUCCUUGGUUCUUUCAAUGUUGCAACAGAUGUUAAUGGAAGAUAAGGCAGAUUUGGUAAGAGAAGCUGUGAUCAAAAGCCUCGGUAUCAUUAUGGGAUACAUUGAUGAUCCAGACAAAUAUCAACAGGGUUUUGAAUUGUUGCUGUCAGCCUUGGGUGACCCCUCAGAAAGAGUAGUUAGUGCAACACAUCAAGUAUUUUUACCAGCUUAUGCUGCCUGGACUACAGAACUUGGAAAUUUACAGUCUCAUCUUAUACCUACAUUGCUGAACAAGAUUGAAAAACUUCUCAGGGAAGGAGAGCAUGGGCUGGAUGAACAUAAGCUCCACAUGUAUCUGUCUGCCUUGCAGUCCUUGAUCCCAUCUCUCUUUGCAUUAGUGCUACAGAACGCACCUUUCUCCAGCAAAGCCAAGCUUCAUGGUGAAGUGCCACAGAUAGAAGUGACUAGGUUCCCUCGGCCUAUGUCGCCUCUUCAAGAUGUGUCUACUAUUAUUGGAAGUCGUGAGCAAUUGGCAGUACUGCUACAACUUUAUGAUUACCAGCUGGAACACGAGGGUACAACAGGCUGGGAGAGUUUACUAUGGGUUGUCAAUCAGUUGUUGCCACAGCUUAUAGAAAUAGUUGGCAAAAUUAAUGUUACUUCAACUACCUGUGUCCAUGAAUUCUCCAGAUUUUUCUGGCGCCUUUGCCGGACAUUUGGCAAAAUUUUUACAAACACUAAGGUAAAACCUCAGUUCCAGGAGAUUUUAAGACUGUCUGAAGAAAAUAUUGAUUCCUCAGCAGGAAAUGGGGUCCUCACUAAAGCUACUGUCCCCAUUUAUGCAACAGGAGUCCUUACGUGUUAUAUUCAGGAAGAAGACCGAAAGCUGUUAAUUGGAUUCUUAGAAGAUGUAAUGACCUUGCUUUCAUUAUCUCAUGCUCCUCUUGAUAGCCUGAAAGCUUCUUUUGUGGAACUGGGUGCAAAUCCAGCCUACCAUGAGUUAUUGUUAACUGUUUUGUGGUAUGGUGUUGUCCAUACUUCAGCACUUGUGAGAUGUACUGCUGCUAGAAUGUUUGAGCUGACUCUUCGAGGCAUGAGUGAAGCGUUAGUUGACAAGCGGGUUGCUCCGGCCCUUGUUACCUUGUCCAGUGAUCCUGAAUUCUCUGUCAGGAUUGCCACAAUUCCAGCCUUUGGCACUAUUAUGGAAACAGUUAUUCAAAGAGAGUUGCUGGAAAGAGUGAAAAUGCAGUUGGCUUCUUUCCUGGAAGAUCCUCAAUAUCAAGACCAGUAUUCUUUGCAUACAGAAAUCAUAAAAACAUUUGGUAGAGUUGGGCCUAAUGCAGAACCAAGGUUCCGAGAUGAGUUUGUUAUACCACAUUUGCAUAAGUUAGCCUUGGUGAACAACUUACAAAUCGUGGAUUCUAAAAGACUGGAUAUUGCUACCCAUCUUUUUGAAGCCUACAGUGCACUUUCCUGUUGUUUCAUUUCAGAGGAUUUAAUGGUUAAUCACUUCUUACCUGGUCUCAGAUGUUUACGAAUUGACAUGGAACAUCUUUCUCCAGAGCAUGAGGUUAUUUUAACUUCCAUGAUAAAAGAAUGUGAACAAAAAGUAGAGAACAAGACCGUCCAAGAGCCUCAAGGCUCAAUGUCAAUUGCUGCAAGCUUAGUGAGUGAAGAUACAAAGACCAAGUUUUUGAACAAAAUGGGCCAGUUGACAACAUCAGGUGCCAUGCUGGCCAAUGUGUUUCAGAGAAAGAAGUAAAAGCAGGAAGGAAGCCCCCAGUAAACACUAAAUGGACCUCAAGCAGACUGGUUCCUUGUACUUGAAGUACUUGCCUUUUUUAAUUUCUUUUUUAUGUUCUUGCAUUAUAAUUUUAUCUUAACCUCCAAAGAUAUUUGCACUGCUUUUGAUUAUUGCUGUAUAUCUGUUAAUUUUGGAGUUACAACUGUGGUGAUAAAAAAUUGAGUUGAUAGUCUGUACCAAGUCCCUCCUCUAUGUUCUUGUCUUUCAGAAUAAUUUUAUAUAUAUAUAUAUAUAUAUAUAUAUAUGGUUUUUUUUUAAUUUUUGGAUGGGAUAUUAGCAAAUAUCUGUAUGAUACACUAAGCUAUUACAGUGGUACUUAAAAUAAUGUAAAUUUGCAGUCAUUGUUAUAAAGUAAUAAAAGUGGAGAUUACUUAAGUAUUUAAAUUAUGAAAGAAUAAUGCAGACUUUUUAUUGUUUCUUAACUGACUAGAAAGAGCCACCAGCAUUACUCUGUGCCUUUUGGACUUCAGUUUGUGUGUCUGUAGGAAUUGUGUGCAUUCCAUUCACACAGUGUUUAUAAUACUGCAAUGAAUUUGAAUUGCAAAUCCUACAGUAAGUAGAUAAUAAUGAAACUUUCAAUAUUUCAGCACUCUCAUGAAUAUUCUUUAAGUGCUAUUUAAACCUCCCCAUCACUUACAUGCAUAUAAUGGACUUACCUGAGGAAACCCAACACAGAAGCAUGGGGAGUGGUUAACCAAGGUGAAUUUUACAUACUGGUGUGUAGUAGAUUUAAAUUCUCAAAACUAAAUUUAAGUAAGAAGACCUAAUAAUUGUGACAUUUUUUCCCAAACCGAAAUACAGAAGAAAAUAAUGGUUUGAAUCUAAUAUUUAAUACCUAUUUACAUAAAACAUUUUAUUAAGAUGUUUUCUAAUGAUUUUAAUUUCAGAGAUUAUCUUUUCAUUCUGUGUGUUACAGAGAAGUACAGAAAAGUUCAGGACAUUUGGGGGCUGCUUUUUUCCCUCUAAACUAAAAAUGACAUUGGCUAAAUUAUUACUGGUUAGUCAUCACCUUGUCCCUUAAAGUCAGUGACUAUUCUUGUGUUUGAUAUAUAUUACAUAGAGUCUUAAGUCAGUGUACCGUUCCACUGGAAUUUGACAGUUGUCUUUAAAGUAACGCAACUUGAAGUAGAAAAGAGUGGUCCUGGACAUAGAAGGGAGGUGGUUGGUUUAAGGGGUUAAUGUGAGGCCUUUUUGAAAAAUGCAUAUUUUGGUAAAGAGAAUUCUCUUUUGAGCACAGCUGAUACAAAUGGGUGAUUGUCAUGUUUGUUGUAUAAACUGGUUUAAUACACUUGGAACAUAGGUGGAUUAUAUUCACUUCCUGGGAAAGCUAGCUUACCACAUAUUAAAGCUUAUAAAAUAAGUUGCCAUAGGCAAAGCCAUUUAAAAAGUUUAUUCUGAAAUUAUUUCUUUUACCUACAGUGAAAUAAUUGUUAAGUAACUAGUCUUUACGGAAACUGUUGGAUUCUAGGCAUUCCUGAGAAAUUGAAAGUGGCUACCUUUCAUGUCAAAAAUGUUGAUCUAUUAUAAAUAAAAUGUUUUUGCAUACUU